AUGCUUCGUGUUGCUCAAGCCUUAGGACUCUGUCGAUCUUAUCCAGAAUCUUUGGUUCGAAGCAUCGUGAGAGUGGACCAUGCCGGGGAACUAGCUGCAGACCAAAUCUACAAAGGGCAACAUAUGGUUUUAAAAAGUAAGUUGUAGCCUAUUUAUUUGUUAUUGGUUCAGAUUCUGAUGUUGGGCCAGUGAUUCAAGAGAUGUGGGACGAAGAGAAGGAACAUUUGGAUAUAUGCGAACGUUUACUGACAAAAUACAACACGGAUCCUACAGUUUUCACUCCACUGUUCAAGGCUUUAGCCUUAGGAUUAGGUAGGAUUAUAUUGCAGCCGUAAAAUAAUUUUUUAUUAUUGGUAGUUGGGGUUUACUGGGUAAGUUAAUAUCGAACUUAAGGCUAAAACUUUGUUUAGGAGUUGGAAGCGCUUUGAUUGGGAAGGAGGGGGCUAUGGCAUGUACGAUAGCAGUAGAGGAGUUGAUUGGUAAUCAUUACAAUGACCAGCUAAAGGCUUUGAUUGAGCUGGACACCAAAUCUGAACGAGAACUUUUGCAGGUACGGCUUUUUGACUGAAACUCAAGAUGUCUUGUAACUUUUAAUACUUUUAGUUGCUUAAAUGCAUGAUAAUUGCAUCUUGAUAGUUAAUUUUUUACUUUUAAUUAUAUUAUUUUCAACAACCUUGUUAAUAUUACAGUUGAUAAAAAAGAUGAGAGACGAUGAACUACAUCAUCAUGACACUGGUGUUAAAUACGAUGGUCUAAAUGCUCCAAUGUACUCGGUGUUAAAACAAGUGAUACAAUCAGGUUGUAAAGCUGCUAUUUACUUGGCUGAGCGACGAUGA